UUUUCUCAUUGCCCUUUCUCCCUCUCACCAUUUGUUAGAGUUCACCAAAGAAACCCGAAGAAGAAAAAACAUGUCUUUCCCUCCUUCAGAAAUCAUCAAGAAUCGAUUUUUAGGGUUUCUGAUAUGGCAAUCGAUAUCUUCUACAAUCAUCUUCUUCUUAUGCAAAAUAUGCCUACUCUCAUUCUUUUCUCCAAACCCUUUCUCUUUAUCUUUCUACAGUAUCAUCGCUUUCGUCAUAUUUCAAAUCUCUCUUCUCUGCUUCUCAUCUUCUCUCUAUUACUUGUCUUCUCCUCAACCUAAACAACCUGCAUCUUUUCCUGAACUCGCUCUCUCACUCGGUCGAUUCCUUCUUAACUCAGUUGUUGGCGGCGGUUCAUCUGAUCUCUUUACCCCAAAUGUUCGUAAUCGAGUUAAUACCACUUUGGGGUUUAUGAUCUUCGUGCUUUUCUCUGGUUUAUGGGGUUCUCUAUCGAUUGUUUCUCUUUGUAGAAACUCUUACUCGUUUGAUGAGCAGCGCUUGGUUGGGUUAGGGUUUAGGGGUUUUCUAUUUGGUUUGAUUUAUGGGUUACAUUACGUUUACAAUAAACGAUGGGUCUUAGUGUUUCCGAUUAUUCAGCGGACUUCCUUAUUCAGCUUUAAGAUGGGGGUUCCUUCAGCUAUUAAAGAAGCAGUUAAGCUGUCCAGUGUUUCUUUCUUAUGUUCAGCGUUACUGGUGGUGCUCCUACCCCAUUACUUCAACAACCAGAAUAACAUUGGGAGAUUCAUAGCUGAGCAAAUUAUUUUCUACAUUGGAAGUUCUGCAGUUUCACUCUGCUGGGAAUUAAGUCAUCAUUUACAUCAGGUCUUUCAUACAAAAAGAUGCACAUUUGCACCAUCUAAAGGAUCAGCUGCAGCUGAAACAAAUCCUAGUGAACCUCUCCUUGCAGCUCUGGAGGAGAGCACUCCACGUUCUCUUCUACAAUAUCUUGCAUAUCUUGAUCUGUGUAUGGUAUGUGAUAGCAAUGUCGAUCUCUGGCGCCGUGCUGCUUUCUUUGAAGAAAGUGGUGAAACCUACAAAAGAGUUAUAGCUGUGUGCUUGAGGCCUGUAGAAGAUCUCACUUCAAAGCUGGCUGAUGGUCUGGAAGGUUCUUCUGUAGACAAGAGCGACCAAAUAUCUCACCAGUUACGCUCUCCAACUGAUACCCGUAGUGACGCAAAGCUUCAUCAAGCAUUCAACGACUCCCAGCUCUAUGUAUGGUGCGUACGAACAGCAGCAUCACUGACUGCACGAUCACACAAGGACGACAGGUUUGGUGUUGCUCAAAUCGCUGGUUGCAACGCUUCAGUAGUUUCAACUCUGUUGUCAUGUUUGCUAGCUGUUGAGGCAUGCAUGGGGAAGAAGACCAACUUGCAAGCUCCUCAUUUGAUGGGAGCGGCUAAUAUCAAGUGGGCCCCGUUGCAUAAUUCUGGAAGAAGGGAAGGACCUACUGCCACCACGGGGAAGAAGAGAGGUGGACCUUUGCACGCCAAAGCUUAUGCAAUGGCUGAUGUCCUGAGAACAUCUCUGUACAUUAUCGUAUCUGAGUUCCAUAGUGAGAUGAUUGGGAGCGCCAAAACAGGAAUUUUAGAGGACUGGAUUGUUACUAGCAAGCCACUCUACUCAACACGGGAUAUACUUGUACAGAAACUAGGUCUAUUUCUGGAAUAUCGAGCUUGCUAGCUGGUUUAACAGAGGAUUUGAUACAUAGCCUAUCCCUUUCCUUUUUUCCUUUUUUUUUGUGCGGGAGGUGUUUCUAAAGUUGUUUGAACUUUGAAGCAAAUGCAGAAUGAAGAGCAGGGAUGGAGUAUUCACAUUUACAUAAACUUCUGUAAGAACGUAUUAUAUGUUGUAAGAAGGUUCGUUUACUGAUAGAGUAAAGUUCUUUAGAAGAUGCACAUUUGUUAAGUCUACUCUAUAUGAUUAUUAUCAAAGUGCGCCAAUAUUUUGUUUUACUCUUGAAACCAACGCAAAAAAAAAUGUUUCUAAUGAAAAUUUCUGUCUCAACUUUAAUAUCACCAUUUUUUUAUCAGAACAUUGAAUGUUCUGGUAAGAGUUUGUGAGAUUGUCAUGCCGGUAUAGUCCGGAAGUGUUCCGUCAUAUGUAUGU